AAGUCUAAUAAGAGGUGACACUAUUGGAAGGAGAAGAACUGCGCCUGCAUCUGCUGAGCGUGAGCACUGGACGUGGUCCGCAAUCGUGGUCGAAUGAUUUGGCAAAGGAAGGAAAACCCGGUUCGAAAAGUUGGACUUAGAAGUGUGCAUUCAGUCUCCCGCCACUUUCUUCGUCCGCGUCCGCUGUGGCUUUGAAUUUGGCGUCCCGCGCUCUUCUUGCGUCUAGGGUUCCCUCCUCUUCCAGUGGAUCGGCAUUCGAGCUCAUUUCAAGCUUCCCCCGUCUCGUGGCGAACGAGGAAUCUCAGCGCAUUGCCGCCAUCGCCCGGUCUGGCCUUCGACGAGCAGAUGUUCCUCAGGUUGUGUAGAGCUUCUCUCUGAAGCGCGCGAACUAGAGCAGACUGAACUUACUGGUAUGGGAUUGAAGCCAUUGCGAGCAGGUCUACAUGAUUUAGAUCAGUGAUCUGGCACUUCCGAGCUUCUGUUUGAAUACAAUUUUGGUCUCAGGCUCAUUUCCUAGGCGUGAACUCUUGCGGAGAGUGUAGCGACGGGCUGUUUCUUGGGAUGGACUUCGACUUGCCAAAUGGGCGAAAGGAACGAACUCGUUUGGAGCUAUGAGAAGCAUCCAAUAAGACUCGGUAGCUUCGCACCAAAAAUUCUUCUCCCGAGAGGAUGUGGUGACCACAGUCUAAUUCUUUGCCAUAUUUAGUUUCCUCCUUGCUCUUCUCGGGAGCCCAGGUGGUAUCGAAUGGUGCCAAGCUCUAUCGCCGGGAGCUUCUCCGAGGGAUUGUAAGGAGUUGAUGAUGCUGAGGAAACUAGCUGGUUUGUAGCUUGGUCAACAUAGGAAAUUGCCGCUGGUUCUCUCGCAGCAGAUUUGGAAGAGUGGAGCGCAGGGUGCAGAACCGUAUGUUACACCGGUCUCUGUAGAAUGUCGUCUCUGAAGAAGAGGAAUUUUAGAACCAGGUGAUCAGGAGUAAUUGGGUUGGCCCAAGUGGCAAUCGUCAGUUUGUAUCGUGAGUACGAGCAAGAAGUGGAGGGUGGCGGAACUCGAGCCAGCCAGGUAUGAAAGGAGGGACCGUCCAGAUCUCCUGGCAUGGCUCCGAUCCUAUCCUUUCUGUGGACUUUCAUCCGACUUCGGGGCUUCUCGCCACUGCAGGUGCUGAUCGCGACAUCAAGUUGUGGUCUUUGAAUCACGUCGAGAAAUCGAAGGUCUUGCCUACUGCGUGUUUCAAAACUAGUCUCUCCUACCAUAGCUCGGCUGUGAAUGUGGUUCGCUUCUCUCCAUCCGGUGAACUACUUGCCUCUGGAGCCGACGGGGGUGAGCUAGUUAUCUGGCGCCUUGUUGCAGUUGGUGAGGAGAUCCCAACCUGGAAGGUUUGGAAAACACUUCGUUUCCAUCUGAAAGACGUACUGGACCUGGAAUGGGCAAUGGACGGGGCAUAUCUGGUAUCUGCCUCGGUGGACAACACAUGUAUCAUCUGGGAUGUCACCAGGGGAGCUGUGCAGCAAGUGUUGAGUGACCAUCAACAUUACGUCCAAGGUGUAACAUGGGACCCUGUUGGUGAGUACGUGGUUUCUCUAAGUGGUGAUCGAACUUGCCGCUUCUACUCAGCACGACCGUCGACGAAGAAACUGAAGGGCAAGGAAAAAAAGGAGGAUAAGUUAAGGAAGGCGUUUGAGUGUAAGCACGUUCUUUUCAAGAGAGAUGCCACCGCCGUUGUCUCUUGCAAGGGCGAUGAUCUCCAGAAGCAAGUGCCUGCAACAAAGCAGUAUCUGUUUUACGACGAAAACAUGCCGUCUUUCUUCAGGAGAUUGUCAUGGUCACCGGAUGGAUCUUUCUUGGUCGUGCCAUCUGGUGUGGAGAAACAGUCGCCAGAGGCUGCUCCUUGCAGCCUUACGUACUUGGUGUCGAGAAAAGAACUGACGAAGUCUUGUCCACAACCUACAAUGCAACUUCCUGCCGGGAGCAAGCCCGUGAUGGGAGUUCGGUUUUGUCCGGUGUACUUCUCUCUAAGAACCGAAAAACUCCAGAAGCCCGAGAUGAAUUCGUCUGAACUCGGGUGCAUUGAUCUUCCUUACAGACUCGUGUUUGCAGUUGCCACAUUAUCCUGUGUUUUCAUAUAUGAUACACAAGAAAGCUGUCCCAUAGCUAUCUUCAGUGGCCUGCACUACGCGCCCAUCACAGAUCUUGCCUGGUCGCCUGAUGCUAGAUUCCUUGCUGUCUCUUCUCAAGACGGCUACUGUACGUUAGUGGGAUUUGACGAAGGCGAACUCGGCCUGCCCCUGCCACUGGAAGAAUGUAGGAUCCAGCAAAAGUUCGCACCUACGGCAGUCCCUCUGUCGGCUAUGUCUUCCCCACCUCCUUUGACAGAAGGCAUGAUACCGUCGGUUAUUGAUCAAACGACUCCAACUCCUGUGACUCCUGGCUAUGUCAACAGAAAUGGUAUAAUUACACCGACUGAAGUUUCGAAGGUGGUGAACUCAGGUAAACAGAGGUCUGAGACUGUCAAGAUGAGGCGGGUCACACCCAAGGCUAUUACAGAUAUCCUGGGAGCGGUACCAGCCUCGGUAUCUCCUUCGAAUUCAGAUGCAGCAAUCAAUGGUUCACUUGCAGAACAGAGCUGCCAACCUGAUCAUGGUGCAGUGGGGUCUUCUCGGUCACAGCUUCCAACCGAAUCUGAAGAGUCUCCAUCAGUUAUUAUUUUGAAGGGGCUUGUCGGGUACCAGUCCUCGUCGCUGUAUGUAGGAACAUUGGCACCAGAAUCAGAAACGUCCUGUAACCCGUCGUCUGACUUAACGUUGGAGUCUUCUUUAGUCGAUGAAAGUAGUUGUAGAGAAGACCAGGUAAUGACAGUGCAAGGACCCGCCACUCCUCUGUCUAACAAGCAGGUGGAAAACAGUGAUUUGGAGGGAACUCCAAAGCCGUCGGAACAAUUCGCUCAUAUCUACGUGAGACCCUUGAAGUUUAGACGCAUUACUCCGAAGCCAGUUGUCGAUGAAAUGUCUCCUGUCGCAUCCAAACCCCUCACAUGCUAAGGCUUAGUGUGAACAGUUUUGCACCCAUCUCGUCGGUCUACUUUUGUAAAUCAGCAGCUUCUCUUGUUAGAAAGCAGAUUGUAAUUUAGUUCAUGAAUUGGAACAAGGUUCCAUCUCAGGCAUCGAGGAAUUGGAAAUUAGACAUAGAUGUCUGAGUCCAAAUUUAGUCAAGAAUCAUGUCGGAUUGGAUGGUAUUCUUGCUGCUGUUGACUCUGUACAUUUCAUUAUCCAGGCUGUAUCAUGCUGGGUUAUCUAUUAUAAACGUCUUAGCUCUCAAUUGAUAUUUCGUUGAUCGAGUGUGAUAUGGGCACGUACGAAAUUCUUCUUCUGGGAGAGAUCUGAAACUUCUAGCUGAAGGUCAAGCUUUUCAUCCUAAGUACCGGCCAAUAAAUCUGUCUAU